GCUGAAUAUAAUUUAUAGGUACAUACGAGCGAGAGAUCUGGAUGGAUCGGAAAGAACGUCUGUGUGCCCUCGUGCCUGCCGCACGCCAUUAUGCGUUAUUGCAACACGGGAUCUUGAGGGCGGAAGCAACCGUCAUCGUAAUCAUCCGGUCUUCGCCUCAUCGCCAUCCAUUCAUGGAUCAUUUUAACCUUUCAUCUCCAUCUCCCUCCCCAGCAAAAACAUGCCCAUCUGCCAGCCGCGGCUCUCGGUCUCGUACUAGACCAUUGACGCACCCUCGCGCUCGCAAGCAGCUCCAUCCUCCGGGUCGCAAUCCGACCUCAAUCGCUCCAAUCGCCAACUUCCCCUCGAAUGCAAGUGCGGACGCACCUACAAGAGGCUUCGGCUCCAAGCCGAGUCUCCCGCUUGCCCACAGUCCGCUUCGCACCCCGGCCGCUGGGCGCUGGGCGCGGCCACUGUGCGGCAAAUGCAGCAACAUCCUUCACGCAUGAUCCUUCACCCUCGUCUCCCCCACAAGGCACUCCUC